CAGCACCUUGAGGCUUCCAAUGUCCCUCUCUCUUUGUUUCUCUGUUUUUCUUUCACUUACAAUGGAUCUACGUUCAGCUAGAAAAGGACUUAUCAUGGUGAAACUGUCUGACACCUGCUGUCUUCAAAGUGGAUUUUAAAGACAAAGUGGACUCCUUCAGUAUGCUGAACCGUCCUUCCUGUCACACACACAUUUUGGUUUCCCUUCUGUUGUUGACGUUUGCUCGGGACCGGGCGGUCUGUUCUCCUGGGGAAGGCAGGAGUAUCUGGCAGCGACCUAAACCGAGCCCCAUUAGCAGAGACCAGUCUUUUCUUCAGGACACCUUCCCCCCGGGGUUCAUCUGGGGCUCAGGUACAUCGGCCGUCCAAAAUGAAGGAGCCUGGAACAAGGAUGGGAAAGGCGUCUCCAUUUGGGACCAUUUCACCCACUCCUCCACCAGUGACUAUUUUCCCAGAGAGACAGCAGACGUGACAAGUGACAGCUACAACUGCUGGGAAGAAGAUGUAGAGGCACUGGGAUAUCUCGGUGUAAGAUCAUACACUUUCUCCCUCUCCUGGCCCAGACUUUUCCCUGAAGGCAAUGCCACUGGCGAGCCCAAUGCAGCUGCUGUGGAUCACUACAGUCGCCUCAUAGAGAGGCUGCUGGAAAAGAAAAUUGAGCCUAUUGUGACUCUCUACCAUUGGGACCUACCACAGGUGUUCCAGGAUCAAUAUGGAGGCUGGAAAAAUAACAUAUUAGUGGAGCAUUUUGAGCAGUAUGCAACGUUUUGUUUCAAAAAGUUUGGGAGUCGUGUAAAAUACUGGCUCACAAUGCACAACCCGUACCUCGUGGCCGUGCAAGGGUACGGCACAGGGGUGCACGCUCCUGGAGAAAAAGGGGGGGUCUCCAGCUCUCUCACUGUAGCCCAUAACCUGAUCAGGGCACACGCCAAAGCAUGGCAGACAUACAACAGUCACUUCCGCCCAACUCAAAGGGGUAAAGUAUCCAUUGUUUUAGGUUCCCACUGGGUUGAACCCCACAGAGGCCAGCCCACAGCUGCCAACGUGGCUCUCUGUCAGCAGUCCAUGGAGGCCAUUCUUGGAUGGUUUGCUGAUCCCAUCUUUGGUGCUGGGGACUAUCCAGUCUCUCUCAAAAUAAAAUAUGCCGGUCUCAUGCCCAUGUUCACCCCUGAAGAGAAGCUCUGGGUGCAGAAAACAGCUGACUUUUUUGCUCUGUCGUUUGGGCCAAACAAUUUCCGUCUCGGCCAGAACCUGUUACACAAUGGGCAGAGCAUCACCCCGGACCUGCGACGCCUCCUGGGCUGGAUAAAACUAGAGUAUGGGAACCCGAGCGUACUGGUGGCAGAAGGGGGGUGGUUCUCCGACGCCAGCGUUGGAAGAGAAGACACAGUUGCCAUCUACCUGAUGAAAAGUUUUAUCAAUCAAGUUCUACAGGCCAUCAAGUUUGAUGGUGUGCAAGUGUUUGGCUACUCAGCCUGGUCAUUGUUGGAUGGAUUUGAGUGGAAUUAUGGCUACAGUGUAAGAAGAGGUCUUUUCUACGUUGACUUCAAUCAACCAAACAGAACCAGGGUUCCCAAGACCACGGCUCAAUACUUCAAGCAAAUUGUCACUGACAAUGGUUUUCCAGUUGAUGAAAACUCAUCAACAGAUGUUAAAGGCCACUUUCCUUGUAAAUUUCACUGGGGGAUAGCAGACUCUACACUGCAGGUCCGGUUCCACCCUUUCUCCCCGCAGUUUUCUGACCCUCACGUAUACAGCUGGAACCUCACAGGGGACGGAUCGCUGCAACCACUCCCAGGGGUGAAGCUUAACACCAGAACUGCCCAGUGCACAGAUUAUCUGGCUAUUCGCAACCAUCUCCGCUUGUUUGCAUCCACUGGGGCAUCUCAUUACCGCUUCGCUCUUAACUGGUCUCUCAUUUUACCCGAGGGAAGCCGCUCAAACGUAAACACCGAAGCCCUGAGGUACUACCGCUGUGUGCUGACAGAGAUCAAGAAGCUAAACCUGGAAGCUAUGGUCAUCCUGUACCACCCAACACACAGAGCUCCGAAUUUGGGUUUGCCAGGGCCACUGCAUGCGUCUGGUGGUUGGCUGAAUUACACGACAGUGGGAGCUUUUCAAGAAUAUGCAGCACUUUGUUACCAGGAGCUGGGUACCUGGGUUCACUACUGGAUCACCAUCAAUGAGCCAAACAGACUCAUAGAUGUUUAUUUCAAUGUCACAGAGAGGCAUCAAGCCGCUCAUAAUCUGCUAAUAGCCCACGCCAAAGCCUGGAGGUUACAUGAGAGGGAGUAUUUUGGUGAACAGAGAUCACUGGUGUCUCUCGCUCUACAUGCUGAUUGGGCCAUCCCAGGUAACCCUUUUGUAGAGUCGCAUACAGUGGCAACAGAAAGAUUUCUGCUGUUUGAACUUGGAUUCUUCUUGGAUCCAUUGCUUGGGACAAGAGAUGAGAAGAAAAAGGGGAGAUACCCCUAUGAAAUGAGGGAAUACCUGGAUGAAAGAGCAAGGGUAUUUGGACUUCCCAAAUCACCUCUUCCUCAUUUUACCACAACUGAGAGACAGGAGCUCAAUGCGGCAUUGAGUUUUAUUGCCUUGAAUCAUUUUACAACACGUUUAGUUUCUCCAAAUCCUCACACACAGGACAUCCUCCAAAAGAAACCAGCACCCGAGCAUGAUUGUGUAACUUUCUCAGACCCCACCUGGCCGUCCUCCAGCUUGGGGCAAGCUCUGGUACCCUGGGGUCUACGGAAGAUGCUGAAAUGGGUGAAUCAGAGGUAUGGCAGAACUCUGCCUAUCAUUGUCACAGCCAGUGGGAUUGAUGACCAAGCUUCAGUUGAGGAUAACCUCAGGCAGUAUUACCUCAGGAGUUAUCUACAGGAAGCUCUCAAAGCUUACCAUCUUGAUGGAGUCAACUUGCAGGGUUUCUAUGUGUGGAAGCUCCAAGAUCGACAUGCCCCUCUGUUUGGUCUUUUCACCUCAACCCAGCACCAAUCCAAAGCCAAAGCCUCUGUCGCAUUGUACAGAGAAAUCAUCGCUAACAGUGGUGCUUCUAACAAAAGCACAACGCAGCCAUGUAGAUUCACUGAGCAGCAGGAAAAAUGUUUGAUGUGUGAGUGGAUGUUGAAGAACAAACCAAUGCUGGUCUUUGGGGCCUGCCUUCUAAUAACGUCUGCCAUGCUAGCUGCACUCAUCAUCUUCAUUGUUAUCAGCAAGAGGAGUAAAAAACACGACAGAGGGAGGAAGAAGAGGAGAGAGAACCGAAGGAGAAGAAAUGAAGCAUCAGCAUAUUGUAUAUGUCCUGAUGUUAGAUACUAACUGUAGUAAGGACCUGAAUUUGUACCAGAAAAAAAUGCAGAGAAGAACCACAAAAUCCACCUUUGUGUCCAUCAUUAGUGUCUACUUUUCUUGCUGUGACAAAUGAGUUCACUUGCAAUGUAUGUCACGAAACAUGUCAAAACAAUUGAUCUUAGAUAGUCACGACAAAAAGAAAGUAUACACUGUGUUUUAACUUUUUCAUAUUUUGUCACUGCAGACAUAGACUUCAAU